AUAUCACUCAUGUGAAAUCUAAAAUAUGAUACGAAUGAACUUAUUUACCAAACAGAAGCAGGCUCACGUGGAAAACAAAGACCACAAGCUUCAUGGUGGCUGAGAUUGCAGGGCCUAGCUCCGAGAAGGCUCAAGCUGACAUUUGUCAGAUGUGGGCAUGAACACAGCGGGCCCCAUCUAAACUUCAUAGCUUCAAAGGCUGCCUCCCUUACCCAUUGAGGCAAUAAUGCUCCCUCUUUGACAAGAGCUCACAUCCUGAUCUUUUGUGCUGUCACUGAUUGUUGCACAACCACUUGGCUCAGCUGACAGGGUGUUCGGGCCAAAGGGCCAGUUAAUAUGAGCUUGUGGCAUGAGUGCAGCCCCAUGCCCCCGGAAUGGGAGGCUGGGCACAGAGCCUCUGGAUCAUGAAGGCCCCUCUCCCAGCUCCUCCACCACCAUCUGCCAAGAUGAUGCCCUGCAGAAUGGGAGCAGGCUGGCCCAAGGCGCCUGGCAGCUCCUGCUCCCGUGUGGGCCCAGCCUGGUGAAAUUCUACCGGCCGCUGCUGGGGCUGCAGGCAGCCAUGACAAACAUGGCUUCCCACUGCCUGCCUGUCUACGUGCUGGGCUUCUGCGUCCUCUGGGGCCGAAGUCUGCAGGUGAUGGGGGCGCUCUUCCUGGCCCGGAAGCUGUGCAUGGAGGUGCUGCUGCCCGUCCAGCAGACCUUGUGGCGGCUGCUGACCAUCACGCGGGGCUGGGGCCUUCAGCUGCUGGCCACCCUGAUGCACAGAGCCUGCCGCUGUGUCCCGUGGCUCCCGCGGCUCUUGCGAUGGGAGGCCCACCUCGCUCUGCUGUCUGUGGCCCAGUGUGCCUACUACAGCCUGGUCGACUUCCACCACGAGCACAGCAAGGCCUUGGAGCUGCUUCCACAGGCUGUGCUGCAGCAGACGGCCGUGUCCCUGCUGCUCCGCUGCCUCGACAGGCUGUGGGUGGCCACGGGGCAGGUGGCCAGGGCCAUGUGGGGCGGUGGCCUGCGGUCCCUGGGAUGGGCCAGGCUGUGCAAGGCACCCUCCAAAGAUCUGGAUGCAGUCACCACCGUCCUUCCAGUGACCACCAUUCCUUUUAGCCAGCGCUUCCCUGGGCCUGACCCGGCCACCCUGAGCGGGCUCAGGCCAGCCUCCAUCAGCCUGUGCCUAGUGGUUGAGGACAAGGACUCCAGCGAGGGAGAAGGAGGCUGCGGUCUGGGGGCCAGCAAGGUGCCCAUUAGUACCAGGUUCCACAGCAGUAGCACAAGCAAGAUGGACUUCAGAUCUUCAUCCAGGCAGGCCCUCGCACUACAAGUCAAGACGACCUGUAUUCUUAUUAUUCUUCUGUAUAUCUACGCCGCGUGUCUCUUUGUGCAGGUCUUUAAAUAAAUGACCACGUGAGAGCCAGC